CUUAUUGUUUUGAUUCCUCGACCUGCACGUGUUUUUUUCUAUUGCGUAUAUAAUUUCAAAUAUCUGCAAUGUCUGAUAAAUAUGCAGUGCCCAACAAAUUGCCUGGCAAAACAGUUUCUGUACUGAAGCAUCGUAAGCGACGAAUUCUCCAGGACCAGUCCGUAUUCGAGCAGAAGAGAAAUGAUCGCAUUAAACGCCUUAAAAAGACCAAGGAGCAUCACAAAUUCCGUCGUGCCGAGUCGUUUGUGAUGGGCUACUUAAAAGCCGAACGUACUGCCAAGAGAAUCAAGCAGACCAUUUUGAGAACAAAUGUCACACAGCAAAGUGCCACAGCCGCUGAGGAUACGAACUCUCGCCUGUUGCUGGUUAUGCGUCACUCUGGUAAAAAAAUUUUCGACAAAACCACUACCGAUAUCCUAAAAACAUUGCGCUUGGGCUUACGUCACAAUGCAGUCUUUGUGGAAAAUACAAAGGAGAAUCAACUGCUAUUGAGGGUGAUUGAACCAUUUGUGGUUUAUGGUUUUCCCUCAUUAAGUACCAUUCGAGAAUUACUAUUUAAGAAAGGUUUUGCUCGCAUUGAUGGUAAAAAGACAGCCAUUCAGUCGAAUACAAUGGUGGAACAGCAGUUGGGAGAACAGGGUGUUAUAUGUUUGGAGGAUAUAAUACAUGAGAUCUAUACAGUGGGACCUAAUUUUGCUGCCGUUAAUAAUUUCCUGUGUGCAUUCACCAUGUCGAGCCCCCGCGAUGGCUGGAAAAAGAAAGUUUCUGUAUCCUUCAAGCGAGGUGGGGAAUAUGGUGAUCGUGGUCAGGGUAUCAACGAGUUAAUUGCCCGCUGCCUCUAAAACUUAGUAGACUUUGGUUAGAAUUUUAAGACCUAAAUAUAUAGAUACAGAAAAUAAAAAUAUGUCGGCAAUACUGAAUGCCAGUGUUGAUAGCAAUACGAA